AUGGCGACCGGCUCCGGGUGGCAGCCGUACUACUGCCCGGCCACCGGCCCGGGGAAGUUCACCUCGCCGCCGGCCUCCAGCUUCCAGCCCGCCGGCGGCAUCACGCUGGAAUAUACCCAGGACCUGCACCUGAAGAUGAGCAAGAAGAUCGCCCAGCUAACCAAGGUUAUCUAUGCUCUGAACACGAAAAACGACGAACACGAGGCGGCCAUCGCCACCUUGAAGGAGGCGCACGAGGAGGAGGUGCAGCAGAUCCUCUCGGAGACCAGAGAGAAGAUACUGCAGUACAAGAGUAAGAUCAGCGAUGAGAUGGACCUGAAGAAGCGGAUCCAGUCUCUGGAGGAGUCCAUGGAGCUCCACGAGAGGAUGAAGAGACAGGCGCUGGCCGAGUUCGAGAGCUACCGCCAGAGGGUGGAGGACAUGCAGCUGUGCACCGAGGCGCAGCACACGCAGCGGGUGGUGUCCAUGUCCAGGGAGGUGGAGGAGAUGCGGCGGUCCUUCGAGGAGAAGCUGCGCACCUUCAGCCAGGCCCAGGCGCAGUUCGAGCAGGAGAAGAAGGUGGCGCUGGAGGAGCUGAAGGGCCAGCACAGGCAGGAGAUCCAGGAGCUGCUGAUCAACCACCAGAGCCACAACGCCAACUACAGCAAAGACCAGGAGAAACUGGGCCAGCUGCACAAGGCUGAGGUGGACUCUUUGGCGGAGCGGGUGGAGGAGCUCAAACAAGACAAGAAGAGGCUGGUGGAGGAGUACGAGGCCAAACUCAGCAAGGCUCAGGCCUUCUACGAGCGCGAGCUGGAAGCCAUGAAGAGAACGCAGCAGCUGACUGCCGACAACCUGUUGGCAUGGAAACGCACCGAGUCCGAGCUGCGGCGGGAGUUCCAGAGUCAGGAGGCGGCUCUUCAGAAGACGCUCGGCAAGCUGCGGGCCGAGCUGGUCCGGGUGACGGACGAGGCCCGGGAAAACCGGGACAAGUCCCACAAGCUCCACUCGUCCCUCAACACGGCCGAGAGCAGCGUCAAGGACCUAACCAGGCAGCUGGAUGAGGUGACCCAGAACUCGGAGAUUGUGGAAAUCCGUCAGAAGGAAGCCGAGUGCGAACUGGAGGCAGCCAGAGACCGAGUUCAGCAGCAAGCCACCGAGAUCCUGCUCAAAGCCAGUCAGAUCAGCAGCCUGCAGGCCAGCCAGAUGACUCAGGAGGCGGCCAUCAGGGACCUGGACAACGAGCGCAGCCGGCUGAAGGACAAGGUGCUGAGGAUCGAGGAGGAGAGGGAGGCGCUGCAGAGCCAGAGCCAGGCGCUGGACGACCGACAGAAACAGCAGAUCCAGUCCCUGGAGAAGACCCUGCACGAGGAGCUGACGUCCCACGAGAAGGACAUGAGCAACAUCCGCGUUCGACACGAGGAGGAGGGCAGCCAGAUGAAAGAGAGCCAGACUCGAGCUGUGGAGGAAGUGGCCAAGAAGCACAGAGUGACCCUGGAAACCGCUCUGAACAACGCAGAGAAGGAGAAGAACCGCCUGCUGGCUGAGCUGGAGCAGCGGUUUGAGAGAGAGCGCCUCCAGCUGGAGGAGCACAAGACGCUGCUCCGGCAGCAGCUGGACGAGCUGCAGGACGAGCUCACCUCCAAACUCAGCGCGGCCAACGAGGAGGUGUCCCGGCUGCAGGGGAAGCUGCAGCAGGGGGAGCAGGACAUGGGAACAGCCGAGGGACAGAUCUCCACCCUGAAGGAGGCGCAGGACAAACUGCUGGAGGAGCUGGACGCCACCAGGGCUCGGCUGAGAGAGACCAGCAACCUGCUGUCUGCGCUGCAGGGUGAGCUGGAGAUCCAGAAGCGUCAGCAUGAAGCUAAAAUCAUCACCACCAAAGAAGAAGAGAAACUGAAGAUGGACAAAAUGGCUCUGGAGCUGGAGCUGAAAUGGACCGAAACACUCAGGCAGGAGUGUAAGAAGCUGCGUGAGGAGCUGCGAGAGGAGCACGGGGAGGACAAGGCUGCAGCUCUGGCUCAACUCGCCCAAAGCAAGGAGCAGGAGCUGGGCAGCGCCAGGGAGAGCUGGCAGAGGAAGGUGGAGGAUCUGCUCGAACAGAUCUCCCUGUUGAAGCAGAGCCUGGAGAUGCAGCUGUCCCAGUCGCAGUCGUCGCUGCAGCAGCUGCAGCACCAGUUCACCCAGGAGAGGGAGCACCUGAGGAUGCAGCUGGACGAGCUGCAGACGGAGCACCAGAGGCGACAGCACCGUCUGCAGGAGGUGCACUGCUGCUCCAUGCAGGACCAGGAGCGCACCAGGAAGCGUGACCUGAAGGAUUUGGAGGAGCGCCUCCGCCACCAUCACCACGCGGAGCUGCAGUCCAUCAGAGAAGCUCAUCGCCACAGCCUGGAGACGCUGAAGCAGCAGUCGGAGCAGGAGCUGCAGACGCUGCGCUUCGAGCUGGAGGACGAGGGCAAGGCCAUGCUCGCCUCUCUGCGCUCGGAGCUGAACCACAUCCACGCGUCGGCCAUCGAGCACCUGAGACAAACCCACCAGCAGGAGGCCGCCGCUGCCAAAGCCGAGCUGGAGAAGACGCUGGAGAACAACCGGACACAGGAGCGUGAGCUGCUGGGCCGGAUGAGCGAGCUGCAGGAGGAGGUCUCCAGGAGGAAGAGCCACAUCGCCCAGCUGGACCAUCAGAUCCACACGCUCAACGAGAACAUCAGCACGCUCACCAAGGAGCUGGAGCUCAAGGGCAAGGAGGUGCUGAAGAUCCGCAGCGAGGCCAAUCAGCAGAUCAGGGUUCAUGAACAGGAGCUGAUGAAGAGGCACGACCGGGAGCUGGGCGAGAUGAACGCCGUCCACAGCCGGGAGACGCAGAACAUGCUGUCAGACUUCAACAAGGCGCAGGAAGUGCUCAAAGACAAGAUCUCCGCCCUCCAGAUCCUGCUGGAGGGAUCCGAGGAUAAGUUCCGGAACAGAGAGAGUCGUCCUGAAGACCUGCAGAUCAUCGCUGAGCUGAGGGACAUGGUCUCAGAGAGGGAGUCGCUGGUGAAGAAGCUGGUGGAUGACAAGAAGUUCUACCAACUGGAGCUCGUCAACAGGGAGACCAACUUCAACAAGGUGUUCAACGCCAGCCCCAACGUAGGAGUCAUCAACCCGCUCAUCAAGCAAAAGAAAAAGAAUGAGAAAACCGCAGCCAGCAGAUUGAGCAGCUCUCCUAAUCUCAGGGCUCUGGAGGCGGCGGGCAUGGGCGUGGGCGUGCCCGGCCGUCUAGAGCCCCUCCCCAACUCCCCCCUCCACCACCUUGAGUUCAACUCCAACAAACCUCUUCCCCCGCCGACCCCUCCCACCGAACCCAAGAAGUUCAUGAGCCCUCCUGAAACUAAGGACGCCUCCAUCGACUCCCCGGACGCUCAGCGCCAGGAGUGGUUCGCUCAAUACUUUUCCUUUUGA